CUUCUAAGGGAAAUAUAAAACGGAAGAAUUUCAGUUUUGUAAACUUAUUUUAAGUUUAAUUUCAAAAUUGUUAUAACGACCAAACUGUGACAAAAGAUGAAUUCUUCUUCAUGCUUUUUAAACCUGUCGCCGUGGAUCUCUGUUGUCGCGUUGCCAUGCAGCACAUGGAGCUCAUCGGUAGCAGUUACAAAGGAGAUACAAAAAAUGGCAGGAUGGAUGGAAAAGGAGAUUACACCUUUCCCACAAAGUCCAAGUAUGUGGGAGAGAUGAAAGAUGGGACGUUUCACGGCAAAGGAGUGCUACACUUUACAAAUGGAAGUAAAUAUGAGGCCACCUGGGAGAACGGCAUAGCUAAACAGGGCUCAUUCACCUUUGCUGAUGGUCUGCAGUAUCAAGAGAGGGACUGGGACUACUGCGAUGGUUACGACAGGCGCUUCUACAGUGAGAGGUGUAAUGGACUCAGACCUGCAGAGCCCCUCCUCCAGCUGAUAAUAAUGACUUGUGUUAGGGAAGAUUUCCGCGCAAAGCAAAACAACUGUUUUGUCCAUACAGGAGAAUCUCAGCUAACUGAUCUGCAUCCGCCACUCGUCAUUCCUGAUGGAUGUUACGAUUGUGGAGAUGGUUUCUAUGACCCAAAUACCAGAGUCGUCAACUCCUACACUGGCAGAUUCCUCAGGAAUGCAGAUGACUCCGAACAUGAGUGGAUUGUGCGGACUUGUCGGAAAUCUUUGGAUGAAGUGCCUGGCGUUGAUCCUAAAAAAUCUGUCGCAACCAGACCUGAAGAAGCCAGCGAUGUGAACUGAUGAAGUUUCACACAAGACUCUUUUUAGCAACGUAUUAGUAUGUGUAGCCUAUUAAAACUAUAGAAAGUGAAUUUGUAAUUGAACUUGUAAUAUGUCUAGAAGCCUAUAAUGAAUGAAAAGAAAAAUGUUAUAUUGUAUAUUAUCAAGUUGUGAUUUAUUGUCCUUUUUUAAUCUUUAGGCCUAAAUAUUUUUAAAGUGAAAGGGUGUGAGAAUUUACAAGCACCACGGUGUAUUUCAUUUGGUUUGAUUAAAUAAACUAGGCUACUUGUUUUGA